CAACCCAAUUGCCUCUCCGACGACUAAACGCCAUCAUUUGACUGUAGCCCUUCCUUUCACCGAAGUUUCGACUUCUCCUCGUCUCCGGCGAUGGUUUUUACCCAAUAUUGGAGUGUCAAGGUGAAGCCCGGAGAGCCUUGUAGGGUCGACCCGGGGAGGCGCAGACGUAUUAUGGUCACACAGGCCGCAUUUGAUCCGGAAGAAGAUGAUGGCCUCGUCUGUAUCUCUGUGAGAACCGAUGCGUUUGAGGAGGCAGUUCUUGGAACUCUUUCAAGGAAUUGUACCCAGAUGAUGUUUGGCUUUGGUUUAUGUUUCGAUAAAAGUUUUGAGUUGUCUCACACCUCCAGCAAAGCUACCGUCCAUUUUGUCGGUGCUUCCGAUGCCCAGCCACAGAGACCCGUCUGGGACAUCAUCGAUGCCGUCAAACCUGUGGACAAGCAAGAACAAGCAGAAAUCGGUGCAGGAAAGGCGGAUGUGGUCAAAGAGAAGAAUGGUGAAACAGUUAUAGUUGAUGAGAAGAUUUUGAGAGAAACUGAGGACGAGGAGAUGACAAUGGACGUGGAUGGUGGGAUGCAGACGGAGAAGCUGUCGACAGCGAAUAAGUAGGAUGCAGGAAUGUAUGGGAAGCGAUGGGAUCAGCUACAUUGGGAGGUCGAAUGGCAUCAGAAUGGAGACUGGAUCUUCAAGAGAAAUAGCCAAGAAAAGAACUAGCUCAGUAAUAUUCACCUUGAACUUUCUAUUUUGUACUUAGGGGGUGUUUGGUUAAAUGAAGGUGACUCGAAUUUGUGAAAGUCA